GAGAUACUCCGAGGUCUUGUUGCUUGACUGGAAGCCUGAGACGGAACCGAAUUCGGUGCACAAUGGAGAACGAAAUCGUCAAGACGGAUCUUCUCAUCGUCGGAGCUGGCCCUGCCGGUGCAGCUUUGGCCUGUUUCCUCGCUUCUCAUGGGUUGUCGGGAAUCAUGAUCUCGGCUGCGCCGGGGACUGCCGAGACACCCCGAGCACACAUCACCAACAUGGCCGCUUUGGAGUGCCUCAGGGACAUUGGCCUGGACAAGCAGUGCAUCGAGGCCGGCGCCAGCGGAGACCACAUGAUACAUACGAGAUGGUGUCAUUCCAUGGCCGGCGAAGAGUACGCCCGUGUCUACUCCUUUGGCAAUGAUCCGAAGCGGAAGGCCGAUUACGAUGCCGCUAGCCCGUGCGACCACAUCGACCUCCCGCAAACUGCACUCGAGCCGAUCCUAGUCCGAAGAGCCGUAGCCAAGGGAUGGACUCUCCGCUUCAACACGACCUUUUUGACCUUCACCCGCCCCUCGGACACCCCAGACGUCAUCAUCAGCACGAUCCGGGAUGACCUAUCGAACAAAACUUACAAGAUCCAAUCUCGCUUCCUUUUCGGUUGCGAUGGCGCACGCAGCCAGGUCAUCCGCGAGCUCGGCAUCCCUCUCAUUAGGAAACCGAGCCAGGGGCUGGCGCUCAACGUACUGGUCAAGGCCGAUUUGUCACACCUGAUGAAGAGCCGCGCGGGGAACCUACACUGGGUGUUCCAACCCGAUCGGGAGCUCCCAGUGUGGGCGUGGUUGUGCGUGCUGCGAAUGGUGAAGCCAUGGGAUGAGUGGAUGUUCGUUUUCAUGCCGCGCCCCGGCGCCGAUCUCAACGGCGACGACAUGAUUGCCUCACAUGAAGAGUACGUCUCCAGGGUAAAGGAUGUGAUUGGCGACCACUCGGUCGAUGUCGAGGUCCUCCAUGUCGGCAAGUGGCAGAUCAACGAGGUUGUGGCCGAGUACUAUUCGGACGGGAACAUCUUCUGCUUGGGCGACGCCGUGCAUCGCCACCCCCCCUUCAACGGCCUAGGCUCCAACACGUGCAUUCAAGACGCCUUCAACCUGGCGUGGAAAAUAUCGUACGUCAUGUCUGGGCGCGCCGGGCCUCAACUCCUUGAUAGUUACAGCGCCGAGCGCCAGCCGGUCGGUUUCGACAUCAUCACACGCGCUAACCAAGGGCUGCGUGAUCAUCUGCCAUGGAUGGAUGCCAUGGGGAUAACGGAAAGCGACGUGGAGAAGCGUAAAGCCCUGCUCGCCGAGCUUGAAGACAAGGGCGCGGCCGGUCGAAAAAGGAGGCAGGACUUCCGCCAUGGCAUCGAGAAGACGCGGACCGAGUUUCACGGUCUGGGCAUCGAAAUGAACCAGCAGUACCGCUCCGGCGCCGUCUACCUCGAUGACGAGCCAGAGGCCCCGCUGCUCCCCCACGAAGUCGUGCUUGAGCACCUCAUCAGCACGUAUCCGGGUAUGAGGCUGCCCCAUGCAUGGCUCAAUACCCGUGUGCCCGGGAAACAGCUUUCUACCAUCGACCUCGCGGGCCAUGGGGGGUACUGCCUCAUUACGGGCCCCGGGGGGGCGGCGUGGAAGGAGGCCGCGGACCAGGUUGCGAAAGCGGUCAAUGUCGCGAUCAAGAGCUAUUCCAUUGGAUGGAAAGAAGAUUACGAGGACGUAUAUUUUGACUGGGAGAAGCGCAGGGAAGUCGAAGAGGAUGGAUGCGUGCUCAUUCGGCCUGACCGGUUUGUUGCUUGGCGGUCGAAGUCGAUGAGCGAGGAUCCCAGGGGCAAGUUGGAAACGGUUAUGAGGAAAGUUCUAUCUCUUUGAUGAUUACGGGUUAGACCGGUAGGGAGUUACACUGCAAUCUUGGUUUAUAGUAUAGGUAUUGAGUUUCUCGAGCCGCCUAAUUGUAGUUCAACACAUGGGAAGACGUUCAAGC